UUAAGCAAUAGGCUGUGUUCAGACUUCAGACAUCACUGCAAAGAGAAUUUAAUCAUUACGUUCCCAUCACUGUUCAAUUUUCAUUUGUGAUUUGAGUUUGACCUUUGAUCGUUUUCUUGUCUUUUUCGUCACUGCAUAAUUUAUAAUUUAAAUCGAUCGUAAACCGCAACUCAUCAUACACAUACAGUUUACUGUAUGAACAGUGCUGUACAGUCGGCUAACAUUAUUGCUUGUUUAUAAUGGAGAUCGAAAUAUUGAGCGUAGCCGGCUCUAAACCAAUAGGUAAAAUAAAUUUAAGCAAGACUGCUACGAUAAGAGAUGUCAAAGAAAAGAUUUACACAAAUCUCAAGAAAUCGAUGUACCCUGAUAGACAAUCAAUUAAAUUGGAAAGUAAAGGACGAUCUUUAAAAGAUGAUGCUACAUUGGAAUCGCUUAAUAUUGAGGACGGGGCGAAACUCUACCUGCACGAUCUUGGACCACAGAUAUCGUGGAAAAAUGUGUUUCUAGCUGAGUACGCCGGCCCUUUAUUUGUAUACCUGUGGGUAUACCAACGGCCAUGGAUUUUAUACGGCGAACAGACAUCUUCUCCUGGUCAAGUAGCUAGUUUUGCUGCCAUUUGUUGGUCUGUGCACUAUGCAAAGAGAAUAUUAGAAACACUAUUUGUCCACCGUUUCUCUCAUGGUACCAUGCCACUCAGAAAUUUGUUUAAGAAUUGCUCAUAUUAUUGGCUGUUCACAUUAUAUAUUGCCUAUCACAUUAACCACCCACAAUACACUGCUCCAUGCAGUUUAUGUGUAUACAUUGGACUGAUUGGAUUUACGAUUUGUGAGCUAGGCAAUUUCAGCAUCCAUUUGUUGUUAAAAAAUCUAAGACCACCUGGUACAAAAGUGAGACGCAUUCCUGUUCCCGAUGGAAAUCCAUUCUCCAUUCUGUUCAACUAUGUAUCCUGUCCAAACUACACUUACGAGUUUGGGUCAUGGGUGUUCUUCACUAUUUUGACUAAGUGUGCUCCAGCUGGAAUAUUCGCGUUGGCUGGCAUGUACCAAAUGUCGGUAUGGGCGCUCGGCAAACACCGCAACUACAAGAAGGAGUUUCCCGACUAUCCCAAACAACGCAAGGCCAUAUUACCAUUCGUUCUGUAAACAUUAUCACACUCUCCAAAGACAAUCAUUCACUACACCUAAAUAGUUAAUAUUUUUAUCUACAACCAUGCUUUAAAUCCUCUAUUAAAGACUGAAACAGUUAGCUUAUUGCCAACAUUAAAACACCCAAUGUUCUAAUAUCCAUUGCAUCAUCCAAACGAGUGUUGUAAUGUUGUACUGAAUUUCAUAACAACACUCCUAUAUUUUUUUUCGAUCCCUUCAUGUGCAAAGAGUUUCAACAGACAGCCACAUUCUUAUUGCUCGAUGCGUGGUAUCUGUAUGAAUUUCAAAAAAAUAACAUUUUCGUUUACGCGCGUUCCACACGACCAGAACGUCGCGCGCCUUUAAAAAAAUUGGUUAUUCGAAUCCCCGUCAUUUUUCUUCGAUAUUUUUAUUGUUUUGUUUACAAAAAAUGAGCGAUUCAUUUGAAACGUUGCAAAAGAACAUUAUAUUCGAGUGAAUUUUAAUUAUUGCACUAUACAAAAUGUAAAUUACUACUAAAUAUAAAAUAUAAUUGUUUCAUUAAUACUUAGUUUAUUUGUAUAUAAUCAGUAAUGAAUGAUAUUAGGUUACUACUAGGACUGGUGUUUUAAUGUUAGCAGUAAGCUAACUGUUUCAGAAUCUUUUAGAGGAUUCAUAUUCUGGGUGUAGAUAAAGUCUUGUAUGCAACUGUUGAUAAUUAGGUAUUAAAACACUCAUGUGAUACUAUUACCACAAUCCACAUUCGUGUUUUAAUACCCCUUAUUUCACAACAGUUGCAUAAAUAACUAUAUCCUCUGUGAUCCUUUCUAUGAGCUUCUGAUAUUUAGGCGUUUAUUACAAGUGCUACGUUUGUGGAUUUUACUUGCGUAAAACUUAGCCGAGUGUAAGCUUAACAUAAUCUUUGAUAAAGAUUUUAUAGUCAUUUGACAGCUGUAAAUAUGCUAAGGUAAUAAGAGCAUUGGGAGGCUCCUUUGCACAGGAUGCCGGCUAGAUUAAUGGGUACCACAACGGCGCCUAUUUCUGCCGUGAAAUAGUAGUGUGUAAACAUUACUGUUUCGGUCUGAAGGGCGCCGAAGCUAGUGAAAUUACUGGGCAAAUGAGACUUGACAUCUUGUCUCAAGGUGACGAGCGCAGCUGUAGUGCCGAAUUAUUUGGUUUUUCAAGAAUCCUGAGCUGUAAAAAUGGUAUCAAAUACCAUCAGCUGAACGUCCUGCUCGUCUCGUCCCGUAAAAAAAAGACAGCCGUAUCCAAAAGUGCAGAAGUCUGAGCAGUCUAAGUACGCUCUAGUCUAGAAUGUCUAGAAUUUGUUUAGAUCGAUCAUUUGUAUCUUGCCUCUUUUGGCGUAGUUCUAUCAACCCGAGAAUAUUGGACGCGCAACAGUGACUAAAUACCGCAGAAGGAUCCCGAAAGUAACUAUUUAAGUGUAGUGAAAUCACAUUCCAUUGUAAGAAUGUAUAAUAUAUGUACUAUAUGUCGAUACCUCAGUUCCAAAGUGAAACAACUCGGAAACAGGUUUUAUGAGAUAAUAAGACAGUUAAAUUACUACAUUUGCCAAGUAUGCCUUUUUAUCACUCGAUAAUUAAUCUUUAUUGCAAUUUUAAACGUAAUUACCAAUGAUAUUUUAAAUAAAUAUACACAUGGCAGCAGAAAAUGAAUAUUUUUUGCUUCAUAAAUA